GGUCUCUUACGGUGGCUUGGCGACACGGAACAGAGAAUUAAUCAUCGAGAAAAAGCCGGUGAGCUUGUAACCGGAAUUCAUGGCGAUGCAAGCCGGUGUUCAGACCUCUAAGGUUCUUAUCCUAGUUGGCGCAGGUGUAUCUGGUUCGAUCGUAUUGAGACAUGGGAGGUUGUCUGACCUAAUAGCCCAGCUUCAAGAGUUACUCAAAGGGGCUGAAGGAGUUGAAAGCACUCCAUUUAAGUAUGAUGGUGCACUCCUAGCUGCUCAGAUUCGACAGCUUGCAAACGAGAUCAAAGAACUAACUAUGACCAAUCCAGUUACCAUCUUUAAUGGAGAUUCAAACUCCAAUGGCUAUGCAUCUUACCUGGUUCCUGCGGCUGCCGUUGGAGCUAUGGGCUACUGCUACAUGUGGUGGAAGGGCUGGUCAUUUUCGGAUGCAAUGUUUGUGACAAAGAAAAAUAUGGCUGAUGCGGUUGCCUCUGUUUCGAAACAACUAGACGAUUUGUCAGACACAUUAGCGUCAACAAGAAAACAUCUUUCUAAUAAGCUAGCGACCUUGGAUUGGAAGGUGGAAGAGCAGAACGAGACAUCUAAAAUGAUUUUAAGUGAUGUAACUGAGAUGAGGUCAAGCAUUUCGCAAAUUGGGUUUGAUUUUAAGCAACUAAAUGAAAUGAUUUCUGGAAUAGAAGGGAAGAUUGAAAGUCUUGAAAGCAAACAAGAUGUGACCCUCUCAGGACUAUGGCAUCUAUGUCAAGUUGCAGGCGUUAAAGAUAGCACAAGCACUAAAGUAUUUCAGGAUGUUGGUGCGAGAUUACCUAUCGAUGGAAAACCAUAUACUAAUAAUUCUCUCUCGGGUCUGCGGUUUCUGACAGAAGGCAAAGAGGAUGCAAACGUAAUACACAAGCCGGUUUUGGCGAAAGAAAUAGCGGUGGUGGAGGAAAAAACAAAAGCCGCAACCGUGACAAGAAGCAGAGUACAUAGAGCGUUUCCGGGUGGAAUAUCUUGGUUAAUCGGAGGUUCUUUCCUCUCAAGUGAAGUGUCUGGAUCUUCGACGUUCAACGCAAAAUUCCUCUCUGGUUCAUUGGAUAAUCAGAGUCUGGGGAAGAUGAGCAUUGUACCUAAGGAAACGGUUGAGGUAAUAGCUCAAAGUAUUGGGAUUACCAACUUGUUACCUGAAGCUGCUCUUAUGCUUGCUCCUGAUGUCGAGUAUCGUGUCCGAGAGAUCAUGCAGGAAGCUAUAAAAUGCAUGCGUCAUUCAAAGAGAACGACUUUAACAGCUUCGGAUGUAGAUGGUGCUCUCAACUUGAGGAACGUUGAGCCGAUAUAUGGCUUUGCCUCAGGCGGACCAUUUCGUUUUAGAAAAGCUAUUGGGCAUCGCGAUCUGUUCUACACUGAUGACAGAGAAGUGGAUUUCAAAGAUGUGAUCGAAGCCCCGCUACCAAAAGCUCCCCUUGAUACUGAAAUUGUUUGUCACUGGCUGGCUAUUGAAGGAGUGCAACCAGCUAUACCAGAAAAUGCUCCUUUAGAAGUCAUUAGAGCACCUGCAGAAAACAAAAUCCAGGAACAAAAAGACGGACCUCUUAUUGACGUUAGGCUACCAGUGAAGCAUGUACUAUCUAGGGAACUUCAGUUAUACUUCCAAAAGAUUGCUGAACUUGCAAUGAGCAAGUCAAAUCCUGCUCUGUUUAAAGAAGCAUUAGUGAGCUUGGCCUCAGACUCAGGACUUCAUCCUCUAGUUCCAUAUUUUACAAAUUUCAUUGCUGAUGAGGUAACAUUAUGCACCACCAAGGUUUCAAAUGGUUUAAAAGACUUCCGACUCCUGUUUAAUCUAAUGCACAUUGUUAGAAGUCUUCUACAGAAUCCUCACAUAAACAUAGAACCUUAUCUGCACCAGUUGAUGCCAUCUGUUGUAACAUGCCUUGUAUCAAGAAAGCUUGGAAAUAGAUUUGCUGACAACCAUUGGGAACUCAGAGAUUUUGCGUCAAAUCUGGUUGCACUGAUAUGUAAAAGGUACGGACCCGUUUAUAUUACUCUUCAGUCUCGUCUUACAAGAACUUUAGUCAAUGCACUGUUGGACCCAAAGAAGGCUUUGACUCAGCACUAUGGUGCAAUUGGAGGAUUAGCAGCUUUGGGGCACAAUGUUGUACGCCUUCUAAUUCUAUCAAAUCUCGAACCGUAUCUAAGUCUUCUCGAACCUGAAUUGGAUGCUGAGAAGCAAAAAAAUCAGAUGAAGAACUACGAAGCUUGGCGUGUAUAUGGAGCCUUGCUGCGUGCUGCAGGCUUGUGUAUACAUGACCGGCUUAAAAUCUUCCCACCUUUACCAUCUCCAUCACCAAGUUUCCUCCAUAAGGGAAAGGGAAAGAUAAUCAAUACUGAUCCCCACAAGCGGAAGCUGAGCAUAGAUUCUUUAGAAAACCAAUCACCACUGAAAAGAUUGAUAACCAUGGAUGGGCCAGAUGGUGUACAAUCACAAGAUCAAUCCGGCUCAGCUCCAAUGCAAGUAGAUAAUCCAGUGGAAAAUGACAUUCCGCCACAAAACUCUAUUCAACUAUCCUCAUCAGAACAAGCUUCUGAUGCUAACGAAUCUGAAAGCAGAAAUGGAAAGGUGAAAGAAAGCGGUAGGAGUCGGGCUAUUACCAUGAAAGCAAUCCUUGAUCAGAUAUGGAAAGAUGAUCUUGAUUCCGGACGGCUAUUGGUGAAACUGCACGAACUCUAUGGUGAUAGGAUUCUUCCCUUUAUCCCUUCUACAGAGAUGUCAGUAUUCCUCUAACCAAUAAGAGAGUAGGAGGCUUGGAGAGAUUAAAGCGCCAUCUGAUUG